AUGACGCGAGGCAGGUCGGCGUGUUUUCAGUGCUUCACGCAAGAUGAAGCUGACAAGAAGUAUAGGACAGAUGAGGUUGACCGCGCUGCCGCCGAUAAGCAUCCGACGCCCGUACUCUUCAUACGAAACAUCCCAAGCGACGCGACGGAGGAAGAACUGGCGAAAAAGGUGAGUGCAAUCGACAAAACGCUUUUUGUUCGCUCGAUACAAAUGCCCGUCGAGAGGGAGACUGGGUUUCGCAAAGGAUUUGCGUUCGUUGAUUGCACGUCGAUAGAGCAGGCUCGAGUGGUGAAGGAUUUGCUCGAUGGGACGGCGUUUCGGGAAGGCGAUUGGACGAACGGCGCGCUUUCGGUGGAGUUUUCCAUAUCAAAGCUGUCUCAGAAACUAGCGACACCGGUGAGCGCGGCGGCUCAGGUUGCUAUUCUACAGGCCACCGCCGCGUCUGCGAUGACGACCGCCGCUUCCGAAAGCGAUUACACCUUCGACAAAGCCACCGGGUACUAUCGACACAAAACGACUGGAAUUUUGUACGAUGCGAACACGGGGCUGUUUUUCAAUGCGAUCACGAACGCGUGGUACUCAUGGAACGAAACUACGCAGGAGUACACCCAAGUUGGAUCGAAGAGCGUAGUCGAAUCGCCGCCGAAAGAAGAGACAGAGCGCCGGCCCGUCGUCGCCACGUUAUCCUCGGCGCCGAAGCCAGAACCGUCCGUCUUGAAGGAGGACGUAAAAGUCGUCAUGAGCUACCGUGAUCGCGCAAAGGAACGUCGCAAACUCCACCGCGAAGGCGUGGCGCUCGACCGACUCGUGAGUGGCGAACCCGCCGCGUCGGCCGUGAAAGGUCGAGUGACCGGCGGGAAAAUGAGGGCGGGGAAGAGGGGCGGUAGCUGA